AGGAAAUAGCCAUGACUGCUGUAUACAGUAACAAGCAAAAUAUGGCCCUAAAUGGAGCCGUUUUGAUGUCACGUGAUCGAAGGCGAGCACUGAUCACAUGACAGCUUUACGUACGUGGAACGCACGGCUGACACGCAAAAGAAGGAAGUAUGACUUCCGGGGAGUUUAGCGCAUGCGCAAUUGCUGGCAAUACAGCUGUCCCUGGUACCUGAUAGACCAGCGUUCCUGUGUACCUAUCCACAUGGAGCCAGACUCUCGAGAAGAUGAACUUGCUUCCAAGGGAUGGGAUUCAGGGAGACUUAUUGCUGAAGCUGCUGGAAUAUCUGGAAGUGUAGAAGAUGAACUUAAUAAAUCACAGACUCAUAUGGGCUACCUUGAUGUGGAUAAGGACUUAGAUUCCAAGCAAGAACAGAUUGAUGACAAGGAGUUUGACAUCCCCCAAGUUGAUACCCCUCCAACUUUAGAGAGCAUCUUGAACGAGACAGAUGAUGAGGAUGAACCUUUUAUACCCGAGGAUCCGGCUCUUCUAAACAUAGAGACCGUUGACACCCACUCGUGUGACACCUCUUCCCUGGCCAGCUCUGACAGUGGAGACCGGGCCCACAAAAGGAAAAAGCGGCUGCUCGAUGCAUUUUCCCGCCAUGGAUCAGUACUGCGCCAUAGUCUGCUGAAAGGGAUCUCCGCCCAGAUAGUGUCGGCCACAGAUAAAGUGGAUGCUGGUCUGCCCACAGCAAUUGCUGUUUCCAAUCUCAUUGCAGUAGGUACUUCUCAUGGAUUGGCUUUAAUCUUUGGCAAAGACACAAACCAGGCCCUGCGGCUCUGUCUUGGCAGCACGGCUGUGGGUGCGCAGUACGGAGCUGUCUCAGCACUGAGUAUCAAUAAUGACUGCUCCAGACUUCUCUGUGGUUUUGCCAAAGGACAGAUUACUAUGUGGGAUUUGGCUGGCGGGAAACUGCUGCGAUCUAUAACUGAUGCCCAUCCUCCUGGAACUGCCAUCUUGCAUAUAAAGUUUACAGAUGACCCAACUCUUGCUGUUUGCAAUGAUAGUGGAGGAUCAGUAUUUGAGCUGACAUUCAAGCGGGUCAUGGGAGUGAGAACCUGUGAAUCCAGAUGUCUGUUCAGUGGUUCCAAGGGAGAAGUCUGCUGCGUUGAGCCCCUUCACACAAAGCCUGAGCUACGGGAUCAUCCAAUCACUCAGUACUCGCUGCUGGCAAUGGCGUCUUUAACUAAGAUACUGGUGAUUGGUCUGAAACCUACUUUGAAAGUGUGGAUGACAUUUCCUUAUGGACGGAUGGAUCCCUCCAGUGUUCCACUUCUAGCCUGGCAUUUUGUGAUUCUGCAGGGGGCCUUAAACCCCAUGCUGGCCUUCUGCAGAGGCGAUGUGGUUCAUUUCCUUUUGGUGAAGAGGGACGAAUCAGGGGCAAUUCAUAUCAACAAGCAGAAGCAGCUCCAUCUGCACUAUGAUCUUAUCAACUUCACAUGGAUCAAUGCUCGUACAGUGGCACUGCUAGACAGUGCAGAAAAGCUCCAUGUGAUCGACAGACAGAGUCAAGAGGAACUGGAGACGCUGGAGAUUUCUGAUUUCCAGCUUGUAUACAACAGCAGCCACUUCAAGUCUCUGGCUACAGGGGGAAAUGUGAGCCAGGCACUGGCGUUAGUAGGGGAGAAAGCUUGUUACCAGUCGAUCAGCAAUUGUGGUGGGCAGAUAUUCUACUUGGGAACAAAGUCGGUGCACGCUAUGAUGCUGAGGAACUGGCGAGAGAGAGUCGAUCAUCUGCUGAAGCAGGACUGUUACAAUGAAGCCUUAGCUUUAGCGUGGUCAUUCCAUGAAGGAAAAGCGAAGGCGGUUGUUGGUCUGUCAGGAGACCCAAAUAAAAGGAAGAGUGUGGUGGCCGAUAAGAUAGUUGAAAUAUUGCUUCAGUACACUGACAAGGCCCUGAGGAAAUGUCCUGAGCAGGGUAAAAUCCAGAUUAUGGAGCAACAUUUCCAGGACACUGUGCCAGUCAUAGUAGAGUACUGUCUGCUUCUGCAACGCACAGAUAUCCUCUUCAGUCAAAUAUAUGACAAACUGAGUGAGAACUGCGUGGCCAAAGGCGUCUUCUUGGAGUGUUUAGAGCCAUAUCUUCUGCGUGACCAGCUUCCUGGUCUUACCACUCAAUUGAUGAAGGAUCUUCUUCUCCACUUUCAGGAUAGAGGCCUGAUGGAGACUGUAGAGGCCUGUAUAAUACAUAUGGACAUCACAAGCCUCGACAUACAGCAGAUUGUUCAGAUGUGUUGGGAGCACAGACUAUAUGAUGCAAUGAUCUAUGUGUACAACAGUGGGACAAAUGAUUUUAUUAGCCCUAUGGAGAAACUAUUCAAGUCCAUUUCUGCGCCUGUCAGCUCUGGGAAGUCAUUGACCGAUGAACAAGUUGUCAUGGGAAACAAGCUUCUUGUGUAUAUCAGUUCUAGCUUGGCCGGCAGAGCAUACCCUUUGGGAGACAUCCCUGAAGACUUGGUCCCACAGGUGAAGAACCAGGUUUUCGAGUUUCUAAUCCGUUUGCACUCGCCAGAGGCCCCACAAGAUGAGGAUGUAUAUCCCUAUAUUCGCACAUUGUUGCAUUUUGACACUCGAGAAUUCCUGAAUGUCUUGGCAUUGACAUUUGAAGAUUUUACUAAUGAUAAACAAGCUGUGGAACACCAACAGAGGAUCGUGGACAUCUUACUGAAGGUUAUGGUUGAGAAUUCCGAUUUCACACCUUCCCAGGUCGGCUGCCUGUUCACAUUCUUGGCUCGCCAACUUGCCAAACCAGACAAUACACUUUUUGUUAACAGAGUACUGUUUGAUCAGGUACUGGAGUUCUUGUGCAGUCCCGAUGAUGAUUCCAGACAUUCAGAAAGACAGCAGGUUCUACUUGAGCUGCUGCAGGCUGGAGGAAUUGUACAGUUUGAAGAGAAUAGACUGAUUCACCUGGCAGAGCGAGCCCAGUUUUACCAGAUUUGUGAGUUCAUGUAUGAAAGAAAGCACCUUUACGAUAAAAUUAUAGAAUGUUAUUUGCAAGAUCCCAUGAGAAAGGUAUUAGGAAAUUAUUCAAUCAUUGUUUUGUUACCAAAUAUCCCAUAG